UACAGAAAUCUCAAGGCUAUAAAUUAGAGAUGUCAAAACGAUUCAAUCAACCCAUUGUUUCUGAGAUAUCUUUCAGCAAUAACAUCUCAGACUCUGAUCUCUGUUCUUUGUCCUAUCUUUUGGGACUGGUUUGCCUCAAUAUCGUAAAAAUUGAUAACCAGCAUGGCGACUUCAAGCUUAGCACUACGGUUUUUCUUCCUUUCUGUAAUAUUCGGAGAAAUCGUCCACGGUUGUGUAAUCACGAUCAGUAACAACUGCAACUACAUGGUGACAGCAUGUUCUCAAACCGGGCAAGAGAACAUUGAUCAGUGGGAUCUGAGUGCCGGAACCUCACAAGCUAUCGAUCUGGGCACGGCUUGUAGCUGGCCAUCUGCUGUUGUGUAUGCUUCCGUGACGGGACAAUGUGCAGUCACAGGGACUCCAUACGCGGCUACGGAUAGAAACUUAGCCAACUUAGCUGAGUUCACAAUCCCUGGCUCUGGCAAUCAAGACUUCUACGACUUGAGUAACGUUAAUGCGUACACCAUUCCCAUGUCCAUCAAUGCGCCCACGGGCUGUGACUCCAUAACCUGUUCCAUCAGCGACAUCAGUUCUUUCUGUCAGCCCAACAACGUUCUACAAACACAACCCACUGGUGCCCUUUCUUGCGUCAACACCGAUGGAACUGCCGGGCUGGGACCGACAGCCGGCACGAGGCAGUUCAAAGCAGCAUGUCCUCAAGCUUACAGCUACAACUUCGAUGAUGCCACCUCUACGUUCACGUGUCCCACAGGCUCCGAUUAUGAAGUCGUGUUUUGCCCUUGACAGUGUCAAGUUGACACUCUUUGAGCCUUGCACUGCUUUUGUUGAAAUGGUGAUGUUCUAUACGGCGUGUGUACGUGCAUGUAGGCGGGCCCGUAGUUUUUAUCCAGUGUAAUGGUGAAGGAUAUCAAAAUAAAGUUCUGAAGCGUUUUGAAUGUGAAUGGCA